GGAGAACUUAAUUGAGUGUAUUUUAUUAUCAACUGUGUAAUUAAGCGUACUAACAAAUCUAGUUCUUUUAGAUAGCCUAUUAAUGGGGGAAUGUUAAUUAACUCAAUUAAGAGAUUUUCUAAGAUUUAUCACAAGUCGAAUUGAUUUCGCGAAACCCGUCAAGAUGCCAUAUGCGUAAGACAACUUACUGAUGGUCAAACUUAAUGUAUAUAUUCCUUGUUACUUUGAGAGAGUUAUAGCUUUUUCACACAGACAAAUUAAUUGAUCAAUUAAAAUAUUGAUUAAGAAACCAGUUCCUUCACACCCUUCACACUGCUGGCUACUCGAUAACCGAACAGCUGUUAUACAUUUUUGUUAUUGCUUUUCAUAAGAAGUUGAUAAGUAUUAUCAGCUGAUUUCUAUUUUUUAUUUAUUUCCAGCAGCGACAAUUGCCAUCGUGAGGUGUGAACAACAACUUGCAGACACAGAACGUAUAUAUUUAUAAUUACAAAUACGGUCUUUGUCACAGCGUUGCAUUUCAUUUUCAAUUUGUUUGACUUCAAUUAAAAAUUAAUGUAGAUUUUUAUUUUGUAUGGUAUAUCGAUCUUAAGCAGCGUUUUAAGCGAGCAGAGGCCGGUUAAUUGAUCAAUUACAAUUUGUUAAUGAGGAGUAUAAUUGAUAGCAUUUUGUUUAAUAAUGGAUAUGGUUCCACCCUAUAAUCUAACAAAUUAAUUUGAACCAAUUUCCUUCGUAAUAACCCAACUCUGGCUUCAUGUAUACCACAUAAGUAUUUGCAAGAAUGUUUCUCGGUUUGAGAGAAUAUAUGUAUAUAUACUAUUCAGCUGCUCUUGAGCUUAACUCUUCUUAAAUUUUUUAAUUUUAUUAACAACAGUGGAACUUCCAUAAUUCGAAGAUCUCCCUAACUAGAACUUUUGAAUUGGCAAUAGCGUUUAGAAAUCAAAUUUCACACAAAUUUGCUUCCAUAACUCUUGAAUGGGCAAUAAAAGUUAAAUUUCAUAUAAAUUUCCUUCAAUAAAUCGAACUUUUCAACCAGGGCAUAAUACAAAAUUUUAAAUUUUACUAUCAAGGAAAAAUUUUAAAGGAGUUCCUAUAUUCGUAUGGAGGCGAACAAAAAAAAUGAUAUUAAACUUAUAGACUGCAUAAAUCGUGUAACAAAGACAUGAGAUACAGACAUCAAGAGCCAAACAAUAGCAAACUGGAACAAAUAAAAUUACAGAAAACAUGUAUUAACGUAUUUACAUAAAACUGUAUGCGAAAUAAAUAAAUAAAACUGUGGGUAAAUAUAUAUUUUACAGCUUUUUCAAAAAUGUAUGUUUUAAUGAAAAUUUCUAUAACUCGAAGUUUUUUUGUGUAUUAUGGUGAUUCGAGUUAGAGAAGUUGCACUGUACCAGCAAAUUUCUAAAAAAAUACUUCAUAAAAAAGUCACGUUGACAUGUGGAUUUGUGGAUUUGUUUUUUUGAAAUUUGUGAAAAAUCAAAAGUUUUUUAACACAAGGUUUAUUUUGACGAAGCAUAACACUCGAACAACAACAAAGCAGAGCACAAAAUACGUUGCAUGAAGAAGACUAAUACAAAGAUAAAAAUAUUGGUAAAAGUUUUCUAAGCAAAUCGGGUAUGCAGUGUUUCCAUUUCUAUAAUCGAAAAUAACAAAAGAGAACGAUUAAAAAAAUUUGAAAAAAAUAAAUAUACAAAUGAAAAAUGAAAAAUGCGACAAUAAAAUUUAAAUUGUGAAUUGUGUGUUGUCAGUUUAGAAAGCAUAAUAACAUAAAUCAACGUCAAAUCAAAAAAGUUUAAUGAGAAAGAAAAAGUUACGCCUCACAACGUCAGCGUAAAACAACAAGCUAAAUUAAAAUCACAUUCAGCAAACCAACAACACAAAACGGAAAUAAUACACAAUGAAAGCGAACACAGCCACAGCUGCAGUCAGCAGCACAGCCACAGAAAUGCCUGCACAGCACAGGCGACACCACCGAUGUGGCAUGCAGCAGCGGCGACAUCAUCAUCAGCACCAUUUACCACAGCCGCUGAAGCUCAUAUUGGCGUUUGUCAUCAUCAUUUGCUUGCAAGGAACAAAUUGCUUUCAAAGAUUCUCAGAACAGCCAAAGUAUAGCGAAGUGAAUCCGGGUCAGGACGCCUUACUAACAUGCAAAGUAAUCGAUAAGCGUGGCACAUGCUCAUGGCAAAAGGAUAACAAGCCUGUUGGUAUCUAUGCCAAAAAGUAUGAAUGGGCCGCACGACCCUCUAGCGGCAUUAGUGGUAACCUACAUUUAGACUUACACCCACCGCCCAUGCAAAUCGGCGGCGACUGUUCGCUGUGGAUACGUUCAGCGACGCUAGACUUCGACGAUGGCUUGUGGGAGUGCCAAGUGACGGCAAGUGAUUUCACAACACAAGAUGCGCUCACGAGUCAACCAGUGCGACUGGUUGUCAGAGUGGUGCCACAACGUCCACGCUUGGAGUACGAGGGCGCACAUGUACCGCCUGGACAUAAUAUCACCAUUGACUCAGGCGGUCUGGCGACCGUUAAAUGCGUAUCGCACUAUGGCAAUCCGCCGGCGACACUCAAAUGGUAUCUUGGUGACCAAGAAAUUCAACCGAUUCAUCCGCAAAUCAACAACACGGAACCGGAUAAUCCUCGCACCUGGUCGGCCACAUCUGUCGUGCAAGUGACAGCCAUGCGUGAACGUCAUGGUGAUAUUUUGCGCUGUCUGGCCUAUCAUGAAUCCUAUACGGCAAAGUCUGUGCCGGUUGAGGCACGUUUGGAUGUGAAAUAUGCGCCAACCAUCCGUCUAAUUGGCUCACCGGAAAUCGACUUAGAGGAGGAUAAGGAUGCGCUUAUCCUGCGUUGCGUUGCCGAUGCCAAUCCGCCGGCAAGUAUUGUGUGGCGACGUGCGGGCCGUUCGGAAAUCGCAAGUUUGCAGGAAACACUGCAACUGCGUCCGGUAGGCCGCCGCGAUGCUGGACUCUACACAUGUCAGGCACAAAACUCUGUGGGCACCUCUGAGCAACUCUCCGUGCAGUUGGAUGUCAAAUAUCCGCCAAAAAUAGUCUCGGCCGGUCCGGAUCGGCUUACCACAGCGCCACUUUUCAGUCCAGCCGCAUUUGAGUGCGUCGCCGAGGGCAAUCCGAUGCCCAGCUACAAAUGGGUACAGAGAAUCGCGCAUGGCUCCAAGUUUGUGGAACGUGGCAGUGAGCCACGCCUUGUUAUUGACAAUGUCACUUAUGACUAUCAGGGUGAAUACGAAUGCCGUGCCACUAAUUAUAUUAAUGGACAGGAGCGCGUUGCUGUCUCCGAACCGAUAUCAUUGCAAGUUGUCGGUGCACCUCAAGUAUUACGCCCACAUCCAUCCAUGCACACAAUAUCGGUGAAACGUGGCCAGCCCGCUGUUAUGUCACUGGUGGUCUGCGCAGAUCCACGACCACAUCGAGUCUCUUGGGAGUGGGGCUCAUUGCGAUUGGAAGCUGGUUCGGGAAUUGCAGAUCGCUUUCGCGCCGACGAUAUGUUGCAGGAUUCACGCGAGGAUUGCUAUCUCUCUACUUUGCAUAUUCUGCACACGGAUGAGCAUGAUUCGCGUCCCUACUAUCUGGUUGUGGAGAAUGAACGCGGCACCGAUCGGCAUGCCAUUCAUUUGAAUGUGGAGGGUACGUUUACAGAACCACUGGAGAUGAGCUAUUUGCUCGGCAUCGCCGGCGGUUGCCUGGCCGCGAUACUCAUUUUAAUCUGCCUCUGCAUUUAUGCGGUACGCAGUAAAAAAUGCUGCUUCAAGGGUAGUUCCGGCUAUAAAUCAUCAGAUAAAGACAGUGAGAAAGCCGAUUUGAAAUCACGUUCGGACAGUACUAGUGGUCCACAGGGUGAUUCAAUAUAUACCACACCAGCUGGUUUUCAUCAUCACCAACAACAGCAACAGCAACAACAAUUGCAACAGCAUCAUCAACAAGCGCAACAACAACAACAGCAACAACAUCAUCAUCUACAAACCGCACACGGAUCACCGGAGGCAAUGAAGCCAGUCUCACAUAAAACAACUACAACUACAAAAGCCACAUUCGAUGGCGAACUGCUGUGGCAACAAGAGGCGACGGAAUUUAUAGAACGUUUUCCUCAGCGACGUCGCCAACAUGACGCGCUUCGCCCUAGUGUCUCAGCUGGUGCGAUUUAUAAAAACGCAACCGCUAUAACCACGCUAAAUAAACGCGCUAUCGGUGGUGAGCUACUCACCGCGCAGCAACGACAUCAACGUGAUCUUUUCAGCGGCGAUUUGGGUAUACCAGAGGUACGUUCUCACGUGGGCAGUAUGGUGCACACAUUUGAAACACUCGCCAUGCAACGCAAACUUGCUGAUCAGGAACGCGCGAAAGAACGCACUUGGGCGCUGCAUCAGCAACAACAAUGGGAGCGCGAACAGUUGGCAGAGAGAAAUUGUAAGUAUAUGCCAACGCUUAAGAGCGCCAUACACACAACCACUUACACAUAUGAUACGCCCACACACGCGUCACGCAUCUCUCAGCACGGCACUAGUAACAGUAAAUAUCAUCAACUAAAGCGUAAAUCACACGAAUCACGUCAGCGCCUCAUAAAACUUAGUAAGCAGCAGCUACUGGCUGCUUUCAGCAAUAAUGCUAAGCGCGGACCAUCAAAAACAGCACACACUAACCUCGAAAGCAGCUUAAGCGCUCAAACGCUGCACGGCGCCGACAAUAGUAAUGCAUUGCCGCCGGAUGGUAGCCCGUUCAAGCGACACAGUACAUUAAGUUUACAUCGCGCUGAAGAUACGCGCGCUGCAACAAGCGACGAUGAUCACUUGAUGCAGCAGUAUUGUCAAAUGGAUGAUGAUUAUCGUAAAAAUCUAUUUGGCACCAUAUCAAGUAGAUUAACGCCGGUUAAUAAAGGUUGUGAAGAUAUUAAUAGUUUUGCCUAUAAUGGCGCCGCGCGCCACAAUAGUAAGCGCGGUAGCCAAGAAGAUGAAGCGGAAGUAGGUGAUGCACAAAUAAAUAUUGAACAUGAUGAAACGCUCAUUGUGAAUGCCGCUUUCGAUGAAAUAUUCGCCAGUUACAGCGGUGUAGAUGACGACGACGAAGAUGGAGAAAAAAUGGACGCGUCCGCCAUAUUUAGCCAUGCCACCACAUACUCGACGGGUUGCGAUGAGCAAAUGGUAAGCUUAAGUGAACUAGACGAUGAUGUUUUUAAGUCACUGAGCGCGAGUCGCAUUAACAAUAUCGGUUGCCCGGGCAGUACGCCUAUGAAACUACCCCCAUUGGUGGUAGGCGCGCACAAGAAGACGCCAACAACAAACACCUCGCCAACAAAUGGCACCGCAACCGACGCAGCACAAACGCCUAAACGCAAGCGCACCAUAAUGCCAUUAGCGAAACAAAAGCAACGCGCCACAACACUGCAUAAUCUCUUCGAUCGCCUCAAAGCAACGCAAACGAAAGUAAAGCGCCCCUUUGUCAAAAUGCCCUCGGAUAGUCUGUUGAAACAGGAUCAGCUGAGUAUCGAGCAAAUGACGCAUGCGCUGCACAAAUACUCACCACAAUUAGAUUUAUAUCGUGAGGUAGGAGAAGGUGAAACGGCCGAGGAGCGUAGUGACGCCGAUGGCGAUUUUCUACGCGGUUCCACAUUAAGUCAAUCAUUUGUGCGCCAACAGCUAAAUAUACGUGAGAACAAGGAAGAAACUAAACGCAAAAAACCGGCGCCACCACCGCCACCCACCAAUAAUUCCCAUUCAAAUAGCGGCGUCAGUGGCGUAAAUGCUGUAAAUGGUGCGCCGCGGCCGAGCUUCGCAUCACAGCGCGCUAAGUCGACGAAUGAGUUACUGCUCGAUGACUUGGCCGUGCAAGCGCGCCGUUAUCAGCGUGCCACUAACCGUAAAUAUGCAGCGCCGCCAACGCCUAAAAAACAACAACAACAACCAGUAGAAGAAGGUAGUGAAGUAGCGCCGCGCUACAAACCGAACCGCGCGUAUAGUCGUGGCAGUGGCGUUGGCGCUGACAUCUUUUUACGCGGCAGCGCAGAAAUUUAAAUGAACAAACACUGUACAAACGAGAAGUAGUGUUUAAGCGUCAGAGCAACCCUACUCAUUUAGGUACUUAGACCAAGCAGUAAUCAAAGCGCUCUGGAUAUGUUAGAUGACACCCAACGCUAAUGUUAGUUAUAUAGAAAAAUAUUUAGCUGUAUUUGUAAUUGUACUAAUUAUUACUAAGCGAACAACUAAUUUUUGCCAACGUAAUUGAGCCAUGUUUUCAUGCAAUACACACUUAAGCAUUUAUUUUUGAUUAAGGCUAAAUGCCUUAUUAUUAUUAUUAUUAAAAAAAAAUCUAAAAGAAACAAAUUAUUGUAAUGUAUUUGUGUAUGUGACUGAUUUUUAUGUUAGUGUACUCAUGUUAUAACCAAAACAGUAAUUCUUUACAAAACCAAAAACGUACAUAAGUGAUUAAAAAUGUUAAAGUUAAUGUUAAAUAUAGUAAACAAAAAAUAUUGUAAAUAAACCAUUAAUAAAUGUAGGUAUAAAAACUCUUUUUUUAUUUAUUAACAACAUAUUCUUGAUGUUUAUUGUGAAACUAAUAAGCUAAUUUAAAAUAAUAGAUUACUUUUAUACAGUGAGCACUGCUUAAUUAUGAACAAAAAAAUUUUAUAUUAAGGUUAGGUGCAACAUUUUGAGUAAAUUUUGUAAAAAUUUAUAUUUUAGAAAUUAGGUUAUGUAAAGAUAUCAAAUUCAGUUAUAAUCAUAGAUUGCAAUUCUAUCACCUUCCAACAUUAUCCUCAUAAUGAACACUGCGCCAAAAAGUAUGCUUCGUACAAUGGAAUUACCGUCUAAAUAAUAGAAUAAAUGAAGGUCCCUUCAUUCGACUAAUAUAUGUCCGAUUAGGUUUGUUAGAGAACAACCAGCCUUUUUUUCUAUGGAACUUAAGGGGCUAUACCAGUGUAACCCAUGAAAAAUUAGGCAAUUUUCGAAAUUUUUUUAAAGAAAGUUCUCGAUUGAAUGUUUCGAAUUUUUUUGGACAUAUAAAUUUAUAUUUUCAGCUAUAUUUUAAGUUUUUUUUUUACACAAAUAUUGAAACAUAACGGAGUUAUAUGCUGUUUUCGGGGUGCCCAAAAAACAAAGUUCCCCAACUGCGGACAUGAUUCCGGCCGAAUGAAUAACUGAAACAACCAAAUUCAAAAACAUUAUUAAACUUAAAGGUAUUUCCUUUUAUUUUUUGAAAAAUAUCAAAAUGUUCGAAAAAAUUUAGUUUUUUUAAUAGGUCAAUCAAUAGGUAUUAUCAAUAAUACUGAGUUUCAAUUUGAAGUCAAUUGGUAAAUUUCUCGUUGAGGUAUGAUGUCAGCAAUUUUUCGUUUCGAGAAAAACGCGUUUCAACUAUAGAGGUGCGAGUGGUCGCCCUUUGAACGCUGGCAUUCAAAAACUAUUCAAGAUACGGCGUUACCGCUUUUACAGAAUAUUUUUGAAAGUAUAAAUUAUCGAAUAAGCAAAAAAUAAAAAUAUCAAUUUUUUGAAAAUGUCACACUGGUAUAGCUUAACUAAUAAUACUGUGCUUGUAUCUAAAUGCCACAUAAAAUAUAGUGGGAUGAAUCCACAGAGAGAUAUACAUAUAGGCUAUAGGACCGAUAUCUGUUGAAUAGAUAUAUUUGAGUUCCCUUUUCCCCUCUUAAAUUAUAAAAACUAUGUUGGAAAAUUCAUGAACUGUAUUUCUUAUUAAAAUCAGUUCUACAUCUUAAGGAAUUAUAUAUGUAUGUAUGUUGAGGUGCCGGAAAAUGGAUCAAUUUUUUAUUAUCUGUGGAGGUAUGUAGCCAUAUUUUAUUGAAUACUUGGUAUACGUCUUGCAUAGUACAAUGUCUAAUCUGUAACAUCAUCUCAAGAACAUAAAAAAAUGCUAAUAAUUGUCAAUGUUAUGACAUUUUACGCAAAACGCGUAUUUUUUUCCAAAGAGGAUUCCCGUGAUUUCGAUUCCAGCCCAUCAGCACAACUAAAAGCAUACAACCAAUCAAAUUUCAUUAUUAUGGGGACUUGUAGUGUCUUUGAACGACUCAUUGAAAUGAGAAUGAGAAUUUUCUGCAAACAGGCUACUCCUUUCAUCUGAUGUUAUGUAUUGAAAAAUGCAGAACAUUGAUAUGAAAAUUUAAACUAAAAAAUGAAAUCGUUCAAGAACACGGCAAAUAAAUUACGGACAAUUUGAAAAAAAAAAGUUGAAAUCGGUUAAAAACUCUUUCGCCAAUCCAAGUCACGGCAACGACGUUUUCGGAAAAACAUGACUUCGAGAUAAUCGCGUUCAAAGUUUCAAGUACGCUUUUGUCUAGUGUAACUUCACUUCUACUGCUUAUUUUGAGAUAACAUGCUUAGAAUCGUAUAUUUUAAGUUAAAAGAAUAAAAAAAAAUCAUAUUUAUUUAACCCCUUAAUGUUGGAAUCGCAGAACGGUGUGAUAGAUGAAUUAUCACUAUUGAAUUACCAGAAAUGUUCACAUUAUUUUUAAGAAUAAUUUAGGUAAAUCAGUGAAAAUGAGUAGAGUAGAGAUCAUAAGGUGGUCGGUCAUUAAUUCAUUACAUCUCGUAUUGUUACAAAAACCAAAAAUUACAGACAAAAACCUUCCAUACAUACAGGAAAGAAUGUGUAGUUACCUUAACCUAAAUUUUAUAUCAGAAAGAAAUUGAAAAGCGUAAAAACUUGCAUUGGAAUUUUCUGGUUGCGAUUAAGCGGAGCUCACUGUAAUAAUUAUUAUAACAUAUACUUGUUACUGUGUGUCAUAAUAAAUAUUUGAUAUGCUCUUAAUGACUGAGCUGGUUUACAAGCAAAUAAAUUACUAAAUUUUACGCGCGCAAAAACAAAAUGGAAAAUUUUAUUAAUAAUAUUUUUUAUGAAAAUAAAUGUGAAUAAAAAUAACAUUAUUUUAUUUUAAUGUAAAAUUUUCUUUUAAUAUUUUUUAUUGUACAGCGCCCAGUUUUCUCUAAUAGCAGUCAAUACAUGCAUAAUUAAACUACGAGUUAAAAAGAAAAUCCGAAAACGCCGAAAAACUAAUAAGAAAAACACUAAAUUACUAAUGUACAAAAAUAAUUAAUAAUUAGAGAGAAAUAUGCGUUAUUUUAAGCAAACGCAAAUACAGUUGUUUCAUGCCUAAAACAACAAAUUAUGUCAUUAAAUAUUAAUGUCGUUUAAACAAGUCUUUGUUGUUGUAAAAAAUAUCAAACCAACUACUUCUUUAUUCAGCCGAUACAUAAAAAAUUGUCAACAAUAAAAACCACAGUCA